AUGGCAAGUUCAUAUUGUCACCAUGCUGCCCAAAACUCUUCAUCCCAAAGAGGACUAGCCAUGGUGUUAGCUCUGACGACGGCUGUCGUGCUAUCGCCACUGUAUACCAGCGGUAAGACUGACCAUUCGUGGACGCGAUUGCAUCCCCAUUACGAGCCCGGUUGGAGCUCUGGCUUGGUCCUCCCGAUGGUCCUGGCAGGGUUGAUAAUCGCCAUCAAGACAACAUCAUCGAGCAGCUCGACGGUUAAUGGAGGUGGGAGGUCAUUUGGGUCGUCGUUGGUUCCAUCACCGGACCCUUCUUGGGUGCUCAGGAUUGGGAGCUCGUCCUGGGGGCUUGCUGGGAUAUUGGUCAUGCUCAUGCUUGUGUUGUCUUGGCAAGAAUCUGCUCAGCAUUUCUUCUGGAGAUAG